UCAGCCACCACACGCUCGUCCGCGUAAAAGGGAGGCUGUUAGACGCACUUGGAUUACCGGGCAGUCAACUGUCACCGCUCAUAGCAGCUGCAGACCGGCGCCCUGCCCGGCGCUCCUCUCCGCGCGCACCGUCGGUCAUUAAAUCCUCUCAUAAAAGGUAUUUACCUGGACAAAGCCGUGGCAGUAGAAGCGUUUGAUUGAUUUUUAUUUUGGGUUUAUCUCCGUGGAUGCAAGAUUUAAAAAAAAAAAAAAAAAAGUUUUAUUGACACGGUGUUAAAUAGGAGCGCAGAAGCAGGGAGUCAGUCUCCGAGGAAGGACGUCCAAGCUCCUCUGAACCUCCUCUACAUCUGUUUCUCUUGCAAAAAUUCUACUGAAGUAAGAGAUCGGUCUGUUAGAGGAAGAUAUGAAGGUAGUGCGCUCACUUUGGAUCCUUUGGUUUCUCCUGGUGGGGGUGGAAGGAGCUGAAGGAACCUCAGACCCUUUGCUCAGGACUGGACAGAGCAUGACGGAGGGACAGGAGCGGGCAGUGAGCCAGGAUCAAUACAAAUGUCUUGAGCUUUCCAACAAACACCACCAGGAAAACAGAACUGCUAGGUUCUGUGGACGUCUAUGGGACGGCCUGUUGUGCUGGGAUGAGACACAGGCUGGGAUAUCUGUAACAAAGAACUGUCCAGGUCAUCCUGACAUGAACCCAAAUGAAAAAGUGACUAAAUUAUGUGACCAAUUGGGAAAUUGGGUUGAGACUGAGACUGGAUCUACUUGUCAACCAUCUUCAAAGAAGAAAUCAGAGACAGAGGUCAACCAUUAUUUAAGGGAUGCUCCAGCAGAGCCCACUACAGUGGCCACUGAUAUUGUGACAGAAAAAGGCGAUGUUAUAGAAGAAAUUGUCCUUGAAAAUGAAAAUAAAUGCUUAGAGAAAAUGAAGCAUGAUCCACCCUACAACAAAUCAGGUCUUUACUGCAGUCGUAACUGGGAUGGCUGGUUGUGCUGGGACGACACUCCAGUUGGAGCUCUUGCCUCCCAAAACUGCCCAGAUUAUUUUAGUGACUUUGACCCAACAGAAAUGGCUACUAAGUACUGUGAAGAGGACGGUCGUUGGUUUCACCAUCCAGAGAGCAACAUAACUUGGACAAACUAUUCACUCUGUGCAACUUCCAAUGAGAAGAAGCAGAGGACACUGAAAAUUGUUGAGAACGAAUACAAAUGCCUCCUGAAAAUAAAUCGCGAUCCACCUUAUAACAAAUCAGGUCUGUACUGCGGUCGUAACUGGGACGGCUGGCUGUGCUGGGACGAUACUCAAGCAGGAAAAUAUGCCUCGCAAAAUUGUCCUGACUAUUUUUCCGACUUUGACCCGACAGAAAAGGUAACUAGGUUCUGUGGGGAAGACGGGCAGUGGUUUCGCCAUCCAGAGAGUGGCAAGACUUGGACCAACUACACACUGUGUGCUGUCAACACUAAAGAGAAAUGGAGGAAGGCAGCUGCCCAGCUCUCAGGAGACGCAGAGGUGGAGCUUUCUGAUGAAGCCACUGUCAGUCCCAUGGUGAACCCAGUGGAGGAAGAGAUAGUGAGGAAAAAAAUCCUCGACAGUCAGUACAAAUGCUUUGAGAAAAUGAAUCGAGAUCAUCCGUAUAACAAAUCAGGACUGUACUGCAGUCGCAACUGGGAUGGCUGGCUGUGCUGGGACGAUACUCAAGCGGGAACCUACACCGCUCAAAACUGCCCCAACUACUUCGUGGACUUUGACCCGACAGAGAAGGCCACUAAGUACUGUGGGGAGGACGGUCAUUGGUUUCGCCAUCCGGAUACCAACAGGACCUGGUCCAACUACACACUCUGCAACGAAAACACAAAGGCAAAAUUGAAGUCAGCGUACAUCCUGUUUUACAUGGCAAUUGUGGGUCAUGCUUUAUCCAUCGCCUCCCUGCUCAUCUCUCUGGCCAUCUUCUUCUACUUCAGGAGUCUGAGCUGCCAAAGGAUCACGCUGCACAAGAACCUCUUCUGCUCCUAUGUGCUCAAUUCAGCGCUCACCAUCAUCUACCUCGUAGCAGUGGUCAAUAAUCCUGAAGUGGUGGGCAGAAACCCUGUUGGGUGUAAGGUGCUACACUUCUUCCACAUGUACAUGCUGGGCUGCAACUACUUCUGGAUGCUAUGUGAAGGGAUCUACCUGCACACGCUCAUUGUGGUGGCUGUGUUUGCAGAGGAGCAGCAUCUGCACUGGUAUUACCUCCUUGGCUGGGGUUUUCCGCUUGUGCCUGCAUCCAUCCACGCCGUGGCAAGGAAAAAGUACUUCGAUGACAACUGUUGGAUGAGUGUAGAAACCCAUCUGCUCUACGCGGUCCAUGGUCCCAUAGUGGCAGCGCUUCUUGUGAAUCUUUUCUUCUUACUAAAUAUUAUAAGAGUGUUGGUGACCAAGCUGAGAGACACCCAUCGAGCAGAGUCCAACAUGUACAUGAAGGCGGUGAGAGCCACGCUGAUCCUGGUGCCCCUGCUAGGAAUACAGUUUGUCAUUUUCCCCUGGAGGCCAGAGAACCGGCUAGCUGGGGAGGUCUAUGAAUACAUCAUGCACAUACUCAUGCACUACCAGGGAUUGCUGGUGGCAACAAUAUUCUGCUUCUUCAAUGGAGAGGUGCAGUCGGCGUUAAAGAGACAGUGGAUGCAGUACAAAACCCAGUGGGGUCAGAGACGAAAGGACCACUGCUCAAUGCGCUCCACGUCCUACACAGCCACCUCCAUCACUGAGGUGCCCGCUUUCAUGUAUCACCAUGACUGUAACAGCGAACACUUGAAUGGGCGCCACAUGGAUGACCCUGAACUGGUGGCACUGAAAUCGGGGGAGACGUACGCUUGAGCUGCUGAGGCCCGUUGGGGGAUAAAGAGUGUAGGAACAGCCGAAGAGGAGCAACAGAGCAUCGGAGACUUAGAGUAAAUCUCGUCGGGAAAAAGUUCAGAGGCUGACAGGGGCAUGGUUUUCCAUGACGAUGAUACAAGUUUGGGAAUAAAGAGGUCACAGGAUGGAGAUGGACUUGCUAUGAGGCUGACUCUUCAUGUAACUUAUCAUGACUGUUGCAGCUGCUUUUUUUCGAAAAAAAAACAAAAAAACUUUGAUGUCAAGAACUUGUGGCAUGAGACCAGAGCUGCUUUCGACAUGUGUCACUUCCUAAAGCUGCUAAACUGUGACAACUGAGGUUUUGUGCGGGUGUGGAGACUGGAUAAACAAGUGAGACUGUGUUGACAGCAAGGUUAAUGAUGUUUCCUGCUUGGAAAUGAUAUUGUUGAAUGUGACAGGGAUGGUGAAUAAGGAUUUGAAUGGCGUCAUGAUGCUGAUUUUAAGGGUGAAGAAGAAGAAGCAAUCCUUCCUAAGCUCACCUAUACCAAAGGGUGUAUGUUGGUCAAAGCUGUGUAGGGGUGUAACACACACACAAACACAUCAACAGAUUUCACAAACCUGAUCGUAUGUGCCAUGAUAGAGGUGAUCCUCUUUUCUUAACGCUCUGGAAUUGUGUAUAUAGUGUAUGUUCACCGUUUAGUUGAAAACUGUUUUAAAAUGUUUUCUAAAGGUUUUUAUUUUUGUUUUCUAUUCAUAUUUUAUUCUGGCCAAGUCCUCAGUACGUGCUGUGUGUGUGUCCUGUGAUGCUGCACUCCUGAUUGCUUUGUAGUUGCUGUAUUUGUGCCAAUGCCGAAAUCACAGGGCUGAGAAGCAAAAAAGAAGCUACAUGCACAAAACGAUUUAUGAACAAAAAAAACACAUUUUGAGGUUGAGCGGCCGCAAGAGUUGUUUCACUGUGUAUGCCAUCAGACAUGUCAAUGAUCCUCGAGAACUAGCAGCUUUCUCUUAACUGUUCAAGCUGCGCUGUCGGAUUUUAUUCACGAUCCUCUUUUUGUUAUGAUGCCUUUUAAUCCAUCUUCUUUUUUGUCUGUUUUUAAGAUUUAUAUUCUGUCCUUUAUACAUAUUUAUUCAUGGAGUGUAGCAUUUUAAAUGAAUGAACAUCAAGCGCAGAGGGAAGGCUUACUGAUGAUGAAAUGAUGAGAGAGCAUCACAUUCAUAACAUUUCAACUGAAAAAAAUCAGUAAUAACGACACUUACAUUUCAUAAAAAGUUUUCUCAAAAAUGACAGCCAGGAUGGCAAACGGUGCAUUUAAGUAUGAAUAAAGACAAAAGGCCAAAAUAAUUUGCAUCAAGUACAUAGACAAAUGCUUGAAAACAAACAAUUUUUUUGCACUUGGCUAAAACUCUUUGACCCAAAAGGUGUUCAAAAUUUAAAUUCUGCAAAGGAAGAACAUGUAUUAUCUUUGAUAGUUUAGCCAAUAAGGCCUCUGGCUCAGUCUGCUGUGAUUUGUCUGUUGACCUCUAUAAACAGAAGUCUCUCCCUGAUUAACGAUGUAUAUGUAACAGUCUGUUAUUAUAAUAAUGUGUCUUUAUGACCUCCAAAAGCAAACAAGAGUGUCAAGAAGAAGAGUGAAGAGUGGCUGUAACUCUGCCACCGGGUCCCUGUCAGAGAAUGUGAUUGAUAACAACAUUUUGUUUUACAUUUUCUCCUAUGAGGGUUCUCUAUCAUCUUGAGACUAUCUUUCCACCCCGUUACAUCACAUGUACAGGAUAUGAUCACAUACAUGUGAUGUCACAGGGUGGAGAGUAGUUGCUUCAAUCAGAGAACCAAGGUUUCAAUGUAACCCUAAGUCACAGAGUGAUACGUUUGACUAGUAAAAGAGAGAUGGAUGAGAUUGUUCAUAAGAAAACACAACUUUUAAAGAACAAAAUCAUCACAAAAUUAAAGCUCCAUACAGGUGCUUUAAGGAGCUUUAAUUGAUCAAAAGUCCCACUAUAAGCGUUUUAACUAUGGCAUUUCUCCACCUCUCAUUUCUUUAUACUCUCCCAUCCUUUUCUUUUGCCUUCUUAAACAAGCCAGUUCUUUUCUUAGAAAGAAAUACAUUUUUUAGUAAAAAAGCUCCUGUCAGAAACUUUGACAGUCUAAGUUUGUCGAAACAGUACCUUAUAUCUCUUGAUGUUCUGAUAAUUAGCUAUACAUGUGCAAUCUCAUCCUGCUUUCUGUUAAAAGUCUAAUGUAUCCCUCAUGGAGAAUUUCUGCUAAGGCUGUUUUCGACUGAAUGCAGUUAAUCUCUUUAUAUGAAACCAGCCUGCUGCAGCAGUUUCAGCCAUUAAGAUAACUAUAUAAAAAUAAUGAAUCUCAUUCCUGAUGGUGUCGUUUCUUAUCUAGGUCAUAUUAGAGGCAUCAGAAUUCAUUUCAGUCUGUCAAAAGCAUCUUGUUAUAUUGAAGGCAAAGUCAUUCUCUAAAUGAUCCAGCUGAUGCAUUUUAAGGAAACACUCAAAUAUGACUGCAUUGUGCGUCUGGGGCUUUUUUUUUUUCUAGGUUCAUUAUUUCAGUUAUGUUGUCUAUGGCAGAGUUUGGAAAUUGGUAUUGUUUUGUUUCAUAUGUGCAUGUUAUUUUCGGAACAUGUCGAGCAAUGAAACAGUUUUGCAUUAUUAAUGUUAAUGGGGCUACGAUGGAGCUUCAUGGAAAAAAGAAGAAGAAGAUAUGAUAGACUGGAUUAGAUCAGAUAGUUGAGAUAUACAGACAUCUUGAUAAAUUCACGGCUUAUUUUUUUUAUUUUAAUGGCGUUAGCAAAAAACUAUCUAAGAUAUAAAGCAUCCAUUAUUGUCAUCAGAAUUAUUCUCAAACAUUAUCUGGUUCCCUAGAAUGACAUUUUUUUUUUACACUUCUGCUAAUGUGUAAUUAAUGUCCAAUGUCCUGUCAUCAUCUAUGUGAGGGUUUUUACAUUUUCUCGUCACUGUCAACAGGUGUAUCUUUUGUCAAGAGUCGUGUGAGGCAUAUAAGAUGUCAGGAGGUUAUAAUGAAGUAUUUUUCUAUGGACCUACAGUAAAGAGCGAAGCUAAGACUUAAUUUGCACAUCAAGUAACACAAAAUAGUCUUUAUAACGAGCCAGAAAGAAGAAAUAUUUUUACUUAUAAUCAAUAUAUCAUCAGAUGCAAAGGAUUCUAAAUAAUAGAAACAUGGGAUGUAACAAGCUCCACAUUUAUAAAGCACGUGAACAACAUUAAGGUGAUCACUUUAAACUGGCCUGUUUGGUGAAUAUAAUUAUAUCGAUCUAGUUUUCUUGGUCACAGACGAAGCUCUCAUAGCUUCAAAGCAGUCAGUCUUAUUUUAGAUUAGCAUCUUAAAUUCACGGACAACUUUUUCAUAGUUCCAGGAACUGUUGGAACCCUCCCUUUAUUUUUAAGUGAUUCUGCACCACAGGAACUAUGAACUAUUUUAGUUCCUAGAACCCGGUUUAGAGGAACCUUUUUAGCUACUGCUACAGAGAGGGUACCAUGGCGGUGCAAAGGCAGACAAGAGAAAAGGUCUGGGUGGUGUGAAGGUCUCAGGGAACUCUCUAGAGGAUAGUUCUGUUUCAAAAAGUCCCCAGAACUGUUUGGUCUGAAAACACCUUUAGUUUUUUUUUUUUAGUUUUUUUUUUUUAAAUGAAUGUUUGUCGUGAGCAAGGUCAAAGAAAGUAACAGAGAUUGACAAUCAAUACAAGAGAAUCACAUGAUCAUCCCAAGAUGGCAGAGAAGAUUUUAUACUACACAUUUACUCGUGUGUCAUUUUAAAGUAGCAUAUACCGUAUUAUUUAUUUUAAAAAUGAAAUAUCACCUUCCUCGUUAUCUUUAGAACAUUGGUUUGAUGUGGUGCACACUCUAAGACAUUUUUAAAUCUUUGAGUUUGCAAAAGGCUUCUGUACAUUUUGUGACUUUAUUCUGAUGUAAAUGCAAGCUGGCACCUUGUAUAUAAUAGAUUUUUUGCACUGUGAAUUACCAACACUUAUUUUUGUAACCUUCCCAUGUUUGUCUCCCUCUCCCCCCUCGGCUCGGACUGGAAUCACAAAAAAAAAAAAAACAUGCAUUUUGUAAAAGCAAAACUGAUCAGUGUUCUUUUUUUUGUAUAAAAGCUAUUUAGAAAAAGAAUACACGUAUAAAAAGCCUAUUUGUUGUUGCUCUUUAUUUCCUGAGCAACAGAAAUCAGAGUAAGAUGAAAGAAUUAAGAUGAAAAUGGACAAUUUGUAGCCCUUACAUGAAAAAUAAAAAGUUGUUUUCA